AUGGUGUCUGGUAAAGGGAAGAUGAGUCAGUACAUGCAGUACCGCAUGCGGAUCACCCUUCUGGAUGGCCGCAUGUUCAUCGGUACCUUCUUGGCUUUUGACCGGCACAUGAACCUUGUACUGGCCGACUGUGAGGAGUUCAGAAAGAUCAAGCCAAAGAACAAGGGGCCGGAGAGAGAGGAGAAGAGGAGCCUGGGACUGGUGCUCCUCAGAGGGAUGAAUCUGGUCUCCCUCACUGUGGAGGGACCUCCUCCUAAUUCUGAUCGUAGGAAGGGUGGCAAGGGAGGCCACGGAGCCAGACCUGGACCUGGUGUUGGGAGGGCAGCCGGCCGUGGAGUUCCGAUGCAUCAUGCUGGGGCACCUGCUGGGUUGACUGGUCCAGUGAGAGGAGUCGGAGGACCUUCGAUGCAGGCAAUGGCUCCACAAGGAGGACCUGGGGGUCCAGUUCGAGGUCAUGCACCAUUCAACCUGCCUCCACCAGGGAUGCCACCACCGGGGAUGCCACCUCCAAUGAUGGGUCGGGGAGGGCCCCCGCCCGGCAUGCCCCCUCAUGGCAUGAGGGGACCUCCCGGAAUGCCCCAUGGAAUGAGAGGUCCUCCUCCAAGAUAAAAACCUCCCAUCACGCUGGAAGAACUGUUAGUUAGGGAUCAUGACAUGCCUAAUGCACUACUAUGCUGCCUUUUAUUUUGUAUUGCGAAAAAUAAUGUAAACAGUCAAUGAGUUGAUUCGCUUGAUGGCCUAGAUAUCUUUAUAGGCGGUCCUCGCUGUGU